AUGGCCUUACAGAAGAAGUUUUCCAGCAACGACAUGGAGUUGAUAUCGAUCAACCGCGCGAACAACAACGGCGGUGGUAGUGGUCCCCCGAGUGCGACCGAUCCGAACGGUAAUGGGCUGGCCAGCAUCAUGAGUGCUGGUGCGUCAGGAUCCGGCGGUGGUGGUGGUGGUGGUGGGAGCCACAACAAUAGCGUGAAAAUGCCCUCCAAGAAGAUCCAGUUCAGCAACCCCGAGUUCAGCAUCACGCCCAUUGAAACGCUUCCUGGCAGCACGGUCCGACCGGCACCGAGUCGUCGAAGGGAGGAAGCGAUCGUGAUGGCUAAUUUGCGGAAGCGCGUGGCAGCAUGCGAUCUGAACAAAAACGUACGCAAACCGGGCGCAACCAGUGCCGGUGCGAAUCUGGACGACAUCAGCAUCAACGACACUGGUCAGACGCAGGAUGCCCUGGACAAUCGGCCCCUGCUGCCUAAAUCGACCCCAACCGAGCAGCGCAAGGAGCGUCCAUCGGCGAAGGCGAACGGUGCUGAGGCUGGUGGCGAGGACUCACCUAAAGUAAAGAUCGUAAUGGACAAAGAGUUUAUCUUCGAAUGUCUUUGUUGGCACAACGAGUACCGGAUGAGGCAUGGCGCUCCUGCGCUCAGUGUUUCAGCUGAGCUAUGUGAAUAUGCGAAGCAGUGGGCGAACCAUUUGGCCAGUACGAACGAGUUCUACUAUCAGAUAGGCGCCAACUAUGGUCAGAACAUCUUCUGCUGUCCUGCUAACAGUCUGCUGACGGACCUUUCAGGUCAGGAAGUGGCCACGUACUGGUACAGCACAAGUCGACGGUACGACUACUUCAAGGAGCCGCACCUGCUGCACACUAACGUCAACACGGGACACUUCUCACAGAUGGUGUGGCGCGCCAGUCGAUACUUUGGUGUCAGCAAGUCCAUCUCAAAGACAGGCAAACUAUUCGUAGUGGCGUACUACUACCCAGCCGGUAACGUAAUGGGUGAGUUUCGACCGAACGUGCUUCCACCGAUCGUGACCGGCGAUCAAGAAGGUGGCCAACAGCAGCAACAGCCACACCUGUCACGACCCCCAUCGGCCAAGGACCUAGAAAGCAUGGGCACUGCCCACUGA